CAGUGUCUGUAUUUUCCCGCGAAGCUCCUCCAUCCGCCUCGGGCUUCUCGGUGCAGGUAACGUGGAUUUGGCCGGCGGGAGGUGAGGGGACGCCAGCCAGUGCAGCCACAGCCAUGUCGGGCUUCGAUGACCCCGGGAUCUUCUACAGCGACAGCUUCGGGGGGGACCCCGGGGCCGAGGACGGGCAGGCGCGGAAGUCCCAGCUGCAGAAGCGCUGUAAGGAGUUUCUGCGCCAGUACCGUGUGGGCACUGACCGCACCGGCUUCACCUUCAAGUACAGAGAUGAGCUCAAACGCCAUUACAACCUGGGUGAAUACUGGAUCGAGGUCGAGAUGGAGGACCUGGCCAGCUUCGACGAGGACCUUGCGGACUACCUGUACAAGCAGCCGGCCGAGCACCUGAAGCUGCUGGAGGAGGCCGCCAAGGAAGUGGCCGAUGAGGUGACCCGGCCGCGGCCCGAGGGGGAGGAAACCCUGCAGGACAUCCAGGUCAUGCUAAAGUCCGACGCCAGCCCCGCCAACAUUCGGAGCCUGAAGUCUGACAUGAUGUCCCACCUGGUGAAGAUUCCGGGCAUCAUCAUUGCGGCCACGGCGGUCCGCUCCAAGGCCACCCGGAUUGCCAUCCAGUGCCGCAGCUGCCGUAACACCAUCAAUAACAUCAGCGUGCGCCCGGGCCUGGAGGGCUACGCUCUGCCUAGGAAGUGCACCACGGAUCAGGCCGGGCGCCCCAAGUGCCCGUUGGACCCCUACUUCAUCAUGCCCGACAAGUGCAAAUGUGUGGACUUUCAGACCCUGAAGCUCCAGGAGUGCCCAGACGCCGUGCCCCACGGAGAGAUGCCUCGGCACAUGCAGCUCUAUUGUGACAGGUACCUGUGUGACAAGGUCGUUCCUGGCAAUCGAGUCACCAUCAUGGGCAUCUAUUCCAUCAAGAAGUUUGGCAUGAACUCGGCCAAGGGCCGCGACCGGGUGGGCGUGGGCAUCCGGAGCUCCUACAUCCGUGUCCUGGGCAUCCAGGUGGACACCGAUGGUUCAGGCCGAAGCUUUGCCGGGGCCGUGACCCCCCAGGAGGAGGAGGAGUUCCGGCGCCUGGCGGCCAUGCCCAACAUCUAUGACGUCAUUUCCAAGAGCAUUGCGCCCUCCAUCUUUGGGGGUGCAGACAUGAAGAAGGCCAUCGCCUGCCUCCUCUUUGGGGGCUCCCGCAAGAGGCUCCCGGAUGGGCUCACCCGCCGGGGAGACAUCAACCUGCUGAUGCUGGGCGACCCUGGCACGGCCAAGUCUCAGCUUCUGAAGUUUGUGGAGAGGUGUUCCCCCAUUGGGGUGUAUACUUCUGGAAAGGGUAGCAGCGCGGCCGGCCUCACGGCCUCCGUGAUGCGGGACCCUUCCUCCCGCAACUUCAUCAUGGAAGGAGGCGCCAUGGUCCUGGCCGACGGUGGCGUCGUGUGCAUUGAUGAGUUUGACAAGAUGCGAGAAGACGACCGAGUGGCCAUCCACGAGGCCAUGGAGCAGCAGACCAUCUCCAUCGCCAAGGCCGGCAUCACCACCACCCUGAACUCCCGCUGCUCCGUGCUGGCCGCCGCCAACUCCGUCUUUGGCCGCUGGGACGAGACCAAAGGCGAGGACAAUAUUGACUUCAUGCCCACCAUCUUGUCCCGCUUUGACAUGAUCUUUAUCGUCAAGGACGAACACAACGAAGAGAGAGACAUGACUCUGGCCAAGCACGUCAUCACCCUGCACGUGAGCGCGCAGACUCAGACGGAGGCCGUGGACGGUGAGAUCGAGCUGGGCAAGCUGAAGAAGUUCAUCGCUUACUGUCGAUUGAGAUGUGGGCCCCGUCUGUCUGCGGGGGCCGCGGAGAAGCUGAAGAAUCGCUAUAUCCUGAUGCGCAGCGGGGCCCGCCAGCACGAGCGCGAGAGUGAGCGCCGCUCCAGCAUCCCUAUCACGGUCCGGCAGCUGGAGGCCAUCGUCCGGAUCUCUGAGUCCCUGAGCAAGAUGAAGCUGCAGCCGUUUGCCACGGAGGCUGAUGUGGAGGAGGCGCUGAGGCUGUUCCAGGUGUCCACGCUCGAUGCCGCCCUGUCCGGCUCCCUGUCAGGGGUGGAGGGUUUCACCAGCCAGGAAGACCAAGAGAUGCUGACGCGGAUCGAGAAGCAGCUGAAACGCCGCUUCGCCAUCGGCUCCCAGGUCUCCGAGCACAGCAUCGUGCAGGAUUUCACCAAGCAGAAAUACCCCGAGCACGCCAUCUACAAGGUCCUGCAGCUCAUGAUGCGCCGUGGCGAGAUCCAGCACCGCCUGCAGCGGAAGGUCCUCUACCGCCUCAAGUGACCUCCUGGCCCCUCAUGCCUGCAUCUGCGCCUGCGGCCUCAUCAGGACUCUUCUCCCCUCCGCCAGCUGGUGCUGUUGCUGCUGUUUCCGGGCCGGCCUGCCUCCCCUUGGGCCCCUGAGGAAGUCCUGCCCUUCGCCCUGGCUCCCCCCUCCUGCGCCCCUCCCUCCCGCGCCGGGCCGCCAGACCGGGGCUCCAGCCGCAUGGGGGUCCUUGGGUAGAAGUGGGAAAGUCAAGAGAUUUUGGGUGUGCUUGGUCUUGUAACAAUAAAGAAGUGAUUUGUUUUUGGGGACACCUACGAGCUGCUUCUGGGAGACCUCGAGAGGCGUCGUGUGGGUGUCGGCCCUCAUGGAGGGGGGCUCGUCGCCUGUUAGGGCCCAGCUCUGGACCGUGGCCUCCUGUAGGGUAGUAAGAGACUCCUGGAGGUUAGUACCUGCCCGAAAGGGUACGCAGUCGCCUCCCUUUCAGGGAGAGAGCAGCCCACCUGUCCCUUCCUCCUUGUCUGGGGGGACCUUCUGCCCCCAGGGCUGGCUGGAGCCCUCCUCCAUUAGAGAACCGCCCAGAUAAUCAGAGACUAGGCUUUGGGGUGCUGUGUCCCCCUCCCCCCGUCCCUCCAUUUCAAAAACAACCCCCCUUCCCAGUCAGGGCGGAUUGGCCCCCAAGCACCAGGAGUGAAGGUGACUUGUUCAGGGUCACACCGCCUGGUUGCGUUCCUGCCUCGGCCAGAAGAAUAAGAUAAAAAUGGGAAGCUCCCGGCCGGCCGCACCCCCAGCCUCGGCAUCCCCAGUGAGGUGUGAGAGAGAGAGGAUGUCUGACUCUAUCCUUUGUCUCAGUCGUCUGUGCUGGCAGCCAGCCUCCCCCCUCCGUGCCUGGAUCAUGGGCCCCGGGCUGGCCCCUCACAGCCCCCGGGGGGAUUGUCUGACCUUGCAGAGCCAUCCCGGCAGAGGAGACGGGGCUUUGUCCAAACCCAGGAGGGGCUUUCCGAGCCUGGAAGCAUCUCCAGCCUCGUUACCCACAGAGAGGCCUUGACUCUUGUCUGAAACUACCCUGGGUCUGUGGGACUGUGAACAGAAGGCCUCUGGUAGGGGGCAAGUGUG